AUGUUAAAUUGUGGACGGCCUCUGGAAAUAUCAAGGUCGACACUUAUUGCGAAGGAGUGUUUGAAUAUCUCUUAGCAUUGAUAAUGAUACAAAUGCAGAGGUAUAUUACUAAUAAAUAUACAGUCUCAGAUUCUGAGCAGAAUGCAUAGAGAUUCCUGCAACUUGCGAAAAAUGGGAUAAAUAUAAUGCCAUUAUAAUAAGGCGGAAGAUCCAUGUUAUUGGACAAGAACUGCUUGUAUUAAAAAUCAUGCAAUAACACUCCUUAUACAACUGGCUCUCCAGAGGAUUGCAAUACAUAUUUGGCUGGAUGUGCUUUAGAUAAUUCAUAAAUGCAAAAUAAAAGUUUGCCAAGAUUUGACCUUUGCCACAGAUGCUUUAUGUAAAUAAGCUAUUGAUUCAUGCAUAAUAAAUGGAACAAUUGUAUCAAAAGAGGAAUAUGCUUUUAAGCUUUCAGUCAAGCCGGAUGUAUCUUAUCUGCCACAAGUGAGUAAUGCAAAUAGAUAUCAGCUGUGUUAAUGGAUCAAAUUUAGUACUUCUCCUACUUAUAAUUUUAAAGUCUUAAGAUUCAAAAUAAAUAAGUUAUAUACAUCUUGUACUGAUGCUUCUACCAUAACUCAUUAAGACUGUUAAAUUUUUAGUAGUAGAUGUACAAAAAGUAAAACAACAGAAUGCAUUGCAUUAGGAUCUCACUUCAUGGGCCGGAUGUUCCCUCAAUGGUAAGGGUGUCUAAUAAUCAUUAAUAUUCAUCUGGAGAAAUUGUAGCCAAUGUUCUUCGCACUUAAGAUACUACUUCUAGUAGUUGCAGAGACUUAUUAUGUCCGAUUUGACAGGUACAAACCAUGCAAUAUGAUCUUUAUAAUCGUCUACUUGCACAUCGGAUGGAACUAUAUGUUUACUAAAAUUGCUUGUUCUUUAUACAUUUUCUUACACAACAGCAGUUGGAUCUGA